AUGGCGGGUAUCAAGAGUGAGUAACGAAAGGCAUCAUGCAUAUCGCACUGCAAGUCCCAAUCAUGGGCAUGCCCCCUCGUGAUGCGCUUCGAGGUGAAUAGCAUUCAUCAUCCAUGUCCUACCCCACUUGGCAUACCGCAGCGAUCAUUUUCCUCUCCAUUUCCCUCGCACUAGGCUUCCUACUCGUCAUUCUCUCCUGCGCGCUCUUUUCCAAUUGGCUCCCACUGCUCGUCGCAUUGCUCUAUGUGCUAGCUCCUCUUCCAAACACCAUCUGCGCGCGCUGCGCAGGAGCAGACGAUUUCAGCGCGGAUUACAAUAGCGCCUAUGUGGAUUUCGGAAAUUGGUUGACCAGCACCACGGUCGUCUCCGGCAUUGCAUUGCCGCUCGUCUUGGCACAUGCCGGCGUCAUCAGGGUUGCGGCUUGUAUCAUGAGCAGUCUGGGAGGGGCGCUGGUGUAUGGUACGAGUGAGUCGAGCAGAUGCGGCUAUGAGUAACAGGAGGCUGCGGCGGUAGAGCACCGUGGCUGGUAUCACCGAGGACGGGAAAACAGUAAAGCUGAGCAAGCGGGUUGAUCAUGCGCAAGUCGGCACGUAGGCAAGUUGCUUCUCAAGCAAACAUGAUGAUUCGAGAUCCAUGCAUAAGCCAGGCACGCCAUAUGUGGAAUGUCGUGUUCCCCCAACGAAUUUCCUCGCAAGGCGCCGUACCAUCUACGAGCCCAACUAAAAAAAUUUGGCCCUCGCCUUGCCCCCUUCGCGCCCACAGUGCUCACCUACGCCGGCUUCUUUAGCGAGAGCGGCGACGACGCUUUCUGA